CUCCCAAACCCCGUGCCAUCAAGCAGCAGCAAAAUUCAACACCUGUGCUCUGUUUUCGGCUUAGUUCUCUUUCCUUCCAACACCUGUCCAAAGCCAAAGCUUCAAGCUUUUUCUCUAUUCUGCUCCUCUUCGACUACCAUACCAUAUAAACAUACAGAAAAAGAAAUGGGGUCUUUGUGGAGUUCACCGAUAAGGAAAGAACAGAUGGAAGCAGCGUUGAAUAAGGCUAAGGGGAUAGUAUCCUCUUCCCCUGUUGUUGUCUUCAGCAAGACUUACUGUGGUUACUGCAAACGGGUCAAAGAUCUCUUCCAACAGCUUGGAGCAUCCUACAAGGUUGUUGAAUUGGACACAGAAAGAGAUGGAGAUGAUAUUCAUUCAGCUUUAAUCGAGUGGACAGGACUUAGGACUGUGCCUAACGUGUUUAUUGGAGGAAAGCACAUUGGUGGUUGUGAUAAUGUUUUGGAGAAACACAAAACAGAACAACUGGUUCCUCUUCUGAAUGAUGCUGGGGCGAUUGCCAAUAACUCUGCUCAACUGUGAACAACUAUGUUUAGUAACAAAGUAUUUUCUAACCUAAGAUAAAAUAAGGAGAGUAUAUGCUAAAAUUUCUAGCAUUACUUCGUAUGAAUAGCAUGCUCAACAAGUAUAAGUGAUGAUGGCUCAAAUUAUGUUAAGUAAGACCAUCAUGAAUGUAUCAUCAAAGUUGAAACAUCAUUACGUGUGAUUUCUCUAAGUGAUUAGGUUGUCCGCUGGAGAGGUUUCUUGUUAAUGAAUUUGUUGGUAUUGUCCUAAA